AUGAAAUUUGUCUCAAGAUAACAAACAUUAUCUACUGUUAUAUAUAUCAUUUUUAAGGGCUAUAAGUGUCAGAAUAGUGUGAAAACCACUACUGCCUUUCUCUGAAGACAUACACACAACCUCGGCGGCAGAAUGAGCAAUAUUUACAUUCAAGAGCCACCAUCAAAUGGAAAGGUCCUGUUGAAGACCACAGCGGGAGACAUCGACAUUGAGCUGUGGUCCAAGGAGGCUCCAAAAGCAUGUAGGAACUUUGUGCAGCUGUGCAUGGAAGGUUAUUACGAUGGCACAAUAUUCCACAGAGUUGUGCCUGAAUUCAUUGUUCAGGGUGGAGAUCCCACAGGAACAGGAGAAGGUGGAGACUCCAUCUAUGGCCGACCAUUCAAGGAUGAAUUUCACUCCAGAUUGCGCUUCAAUCGGAGAGGUUUGGUUGCCAUGGCGAACGCCGGACCGCACGAUAACGGCAGUCAGUUUUUCUUCACUUUGGGACGCGCGGAUGAGCUCAACAAUAAACACACCAUAUUUGGAAAGGUCACAGGAGACACAGUUUAUAAUAUGCUCAGGUUGUCAGAAGUGGAUUGUGAAGAUGAAAGACCUCUGAACCCCCACAAGAUAAAAACUGCUGAGGUGCUGCAUACUCCCUUUGAUGACAUCAUCCCUCGUGAGACAAAAAAGGCGAAAAAGGAUAAAGAUAAAGAGGAGGGAAAGAAAUCACAGUCGAAAGCCACAAAGAACUUCAGUCUGUUAUCAUUUGGAGAGGAAGCUGAAGAGGAAGAAGAGAUGGCGACUCAAGUCAGCCAGACGCUGAAGGGAAAAAGCAAAAGCAGUCACGAUCUUCUUAAAGACGACCCCAGACUGAGCUCUGUUCCAGCUGUAGAUAAGAAAAAGAAAAAGAUACCAGGAGAUGGAGAUGAGUCGGACGACGAGGCCGACGGCGACGUGGAUAGCGACGCAGACGAAGAGUACGACUCGGACCAGAGGGAGAAGAUGAGGGAGCUGGUCAGUAAAAAGCUGAAGAAGGAAAAAGGAACAGACAGAGCGACGGAGGGGGACGAGGAGGAGCGAGGGAAGAAGAAAAGCCGCAGUGAUGAAUUACGGAAAGAGGCGCGGCAGCUGAAGAAGGAACUACAAGCCAUAAAGCAAAGGAAAGAAGAAAGUUUGAAACCUGCUGUAGAAGAAGCCGAAGAAGAGAGUAAAAAACCAGCCAACGAGGCCGUGGCGGAGUAUCUGGAGGGCCGAAAGAAGUACGAAGACAUGAGGAAACAGAAAAAGAAGAAAGGCUCAACCAGAGAAGAACAGACGAUGGCACUCCUCAACAACUUCAAGUCCAAGCUGUCGUCGGCCAUCACCGAUGGUCCAGGAGAGGAGGAGGAUGCGGAGGAGCUGGCAGAGGAUGAUGACAAAGGAUGGAUGGCCCAUGUUCUGCAGUUUGACGAGCAAAGCAGAAAAGUCAAGGAUGCCAACAUGCAGGACGAGGACACAUUCGAGAUCUACGACCCGCGCAACCCCGUCAACAAGCGCAGGAGAGAGGAGAGCAAGAAGAUCAUGAAGGAGAAGAAGGCCAAAUGGUGAGGUGAGGUCACCGGGGUCGAAAGGUCGGGGUCCCUGCCGAAAAGCCGUGUGACCGAGGAGCCCUGGUCAUACUGCAAAACCCGCCUGUCCCACUUUUCCACCUACUUCAAACCUGCUUUGUUCAACGGUCUCCUGGCUGGAACAUCUGGAUUGAGGAUGCUGACCCGAGUGCAUAUCAUCCCUGUAAUCUGUGACGGAAAAGCUUCUUCAGUUGGAACAGCUGGACUCGGACAAACGCUCGGCUGCUCAUCAAGAUUAAGAAUAACGAUUUAAAGUCGUGAUAUGAUUUAGUUGUGUUGUUGCUAAGCAGUUUUGUAUUUUGUUCCUGUUGUUGUCUAGAGGCUUAUUAAAUGUGAGCCGUGAAAAUAAAUUACCUUUGUUA